CUUAUUAAAUAGAAUGAUGAUGUCUUCAUGAUUAGAGAAAUCUUAUAAUGAGUGUUGAUAAUCCAUAUAAUCGGGUGUGCUGCAUCGACAAAUACUAUCACCUUUAUUUAUCAAAGUUUCUGAGGAAAGCAUUCAAAGACAGGAAUAUUCCCACGGAAGAUUUCUACGCAGUUCCGAUUGUCGACAAGGUAGAAAACAUAUACCCGAUAUAUGAAAGAUGUUUCAACAAGUAUCGAGGAAAGAAGAACUCUGUCAAGAAGGCUUGUUGGCUGUUCGCAAGAAACUACAUCAUUCUAACAUCAUGUUGCAUUUUGUUUGAGGCAGCAGUUGCCACUUGCGGUGCUUUUUUGUUGGGUGGACUGUUGAAAAGUCUGGUUGAGGUGGAUGAGAACUACAGUGACGAAGCCAUGCAUAAGUUGUGGGGAUACUUCAGUGGACUUUUGAUCUGUACCUUCAUCUACCCAGUAGUGCACCCUAUCACGUUCUUCGCCAUGUACCAGAUAUCAUACAAGACAAGAGUGGUCUUAACCGUGCUUAUAUAUAGGAAGGUGCUGGUGCUGAAGAACUACAUGUUGAGUCAAACGAGUAGCGGGGAGGUGCUGAAUAUCAUAUCGACCGAUUUGGGCAAAGUGGACUUCCUGGGCAUUUUCCUCAUUUUCUUCAUAAUCUUCCCCGUGUACUUCGUGGUCAAAGUUAUUGCCUCCUACUUUGUGAUAGGAUGGCCAGGCGUGUUUGGAUGUGGCUUGUUCCUUUUGCUGAUCCCAGUGCAGCUGUCAUUCACGUCCAUGUUCUCCAAAUACAGACGACAAUCGGCCAUGUACGCAGACCAGAGAGUGAAAUUGAUGCGAGAGGUGAUCGAGGGAAUUCGGGUGAUCAAGAUGUACGUUUGGGAGGAGUCCUUUAAGCGACUCAUUAAGAAGAUCAGACUGCUAGAGGUUAACGAGCUGAUCAAAGUCCACAUUCUGAACGGAUUCAACUACGGCAUCAAUGCUGGCUCGCCUCAGAUUGUAACCAUGAGCACAGUUCUAGUCACUCUAUACGUACAAAAGGACCACAUUCUUCCGGAUACUUUGUUUGCAUACAUGCUGCUCAUGGGAGACCUCCGAUUUUAUGCACAAAUGUACACCUUAUCUUUGCCAUACGUAGCAGAGAUCAACAUUGCACUGAACAGGAUACAGAAACUCGUAGACAUAAACGAGGAUCCAAACUUUUAUAAUCCGGCCUCGAAGGACGAGGGGAAUGAACAAACGAGGACAUCUGCUGGAAGUACGACUGACCCGGGCGCGGACUACGUGCCUGAAGUGGUACUGAAUAAUGUACAUGCCACUCACGACUCCUUCCAAAUGGAGACGAACACGGGAUUUGAUCUUCAAGAUGUGACCUUCACUGCUGAGCCCGCUGAGUUGAUCAUGGUCGUCGGUGCGACUGGAAGUGGCAAAUCGUCGGUGUUGAUGUGUCUGAUUGAGGAGAUGGUUUUACUAAGGGGUACACGGAAGAGGGUGGGCAGUGUGGCAUAUGCUGCCCAGGAGGCCUGGAUCAUGGCUGGCACAGUCCAGGAGAACAUCCUCUUCGGUCUUCCUCUCAAACCCAAGUUCUACAGUACUGUAGUUGCAGCAUGCUCUCUCAUCAGGGACUUUGAAAUAAUGCCUGAUGGUGACCAGACAGUAGUAGGUGAACGAGGUGUGAUGUUGAGUGGGGGACAGAAGGCGAGGAUAUGUCUAGCCAGAGCAGCCUAUAGAGACGCAGACAUUGUGUUGUUGGAUGACCCUCUAAGCGCAGUGGACAACCAUGUAUCUAAGGCUCUCUUUGAACAGUGUAUCAGAGGUCUGAUGAAGGACAAAAUAGUCUUUCUGGCCACUCAUCAACUACAGUAUCUUCCGAAGGCCACCAAAGUGUUGCUAAUCAAAAGCGGGAGAAUGUUGGCGUGUGGAUCGGCUUCGGAUCUUAUCAACCAGGGCUUUGAUAUAGGCGACAUAGUGAAGACCCCAGUGAUGUCAGAUAUCGAUGCUACACCUGCUGUGGAGUUGGACCAGAAUAGUAACGCAGUCUACUUCCAAGGCAGCUCCUCGCGAUCCCACUCAUUCGUGGCUAGUGAGACCCGAAGCUUGGACAAUGAGCGUGGCAUUUUGCGGUCAGGACGAGGGGGAGACUGGAUAGCCAUGAAGCGUAUGAGUGACGGAGAUCCGGAGGGGAAAGUGGCUGCGGCGGCGCUGCUGAGGAAGCGAAGCAGGAAGAACGAUGUUGCUCACAGUUUCACCACUUAUGCUCACAAGUCAAGUGUACUCUCCUUCUCAUCCAUGCCCGUUUUUGUUGCAGAUACUGUUGUACUAAAUGACAUGGGCAGCGAAAUGGAUAAGAUGUCUCAUCAAAGCGAGAAAGGGAAGAUCGUACCUAAAGUGCUACAGGAUCAGGAGGGAGCUCCUCUGAAGAUCACAGGCGUGGAGGACGAGCAGGUGGGAAGCAUUAGCUGUGCCCUCUAUGUCUACUUCUUCAAGCUAGCUGGUCCAGUGCCGGCCACACUUCUCGUAAUUUUGCUGGGUCUGGGCGCCGUAGGAUUGCAAAUUGCAGCUGAUAAAUUUCUCUCCAGCUGGUCGAACAACAAUGAGCGAGUAGCUGUCUCUGAGGCUCUUUCGGAGGAUCUGGGUGUGCCCAAAUACAACAACGGGACUGAAAUAGAAUCAAUCGGUCUGAAGUACCACGACUUGGGAUAUGUUCGGAUCUAUGUGGUUUUGGUGUCUCUCUUUGUGCUGUUCAAUGGAGUCGCUUCUGCAACAUUCAGUGUGAUAGUUGCGAAGGCGUCUGAGCGACUGCAUAAUCUUAUGUUCGAACGACUCCUGCAUGUCGUGACUAAAUUCUUCGACAUGCAUCCAUCAGGACAGAUACUGAACAAGUUCUCUAAAGAUGUGGGGAUCGCGGAUAAUGAUCUCAACCGUUGCUUCUUCGACUUUUCAAGGUUGUUCUACAUGACAAUAGGCUUCUACGUAGCAGUGAUAGUGACCAAUAUCUACGUGCUCGCUCUAAGUGUGCCUCUAAUCGUGGUCUUCAUUGUGCUGAGGGUGCUCUACCUGCCGGGUUCCAGGGCCAUCAAGCGCAAAGAAGCAAUCGCGAGAAGUCCGGUCUUUUCUCACGUAUCGGUCACUUUGUCCAGUCUGUGUUCGAUCCAUGCCUACAAGCAGGACCAGUACAUGUCCGAUAACUUCGACAGUCACCUGGACGCCCACACUGGAUUCUGGUUCCUCUUCAUCGCCGCCAGCAGGUGGCUCGGAGUCCUCGUCGACUUCAUCAUGGCUUUAUUUCAAGCCAUCGUGUUAGUAGUGGGAGUGCUGUUCUCUUUGUACGACGUGGCAAAUCUAAGUCCUUCGGAUAUUGGAUUCAUGCUUUCAUACACGUUUGCGAUGUUAGGAAUGACCCAGUACAUGGUGCGACAAUCUUGCGAAGUAGAUAAUUUGAUGACAUCAAUCGAGCGUAUGAAGGAAUACACUAAUCUACCUGUAGAGGGGAAAGCAGAUAAACCCUUGGAUCCGCCGGAUGGUUGGCCAGAAAAGGGGACUAUUCAACUCAUCGACGUUUCCCUUUCCUACGAAACAGAAGACGGUGAUGUACACUUAGCCCUAACCGAACUCAAUCUGACAAUUGAACACGGGGAGAAGAUUGGGGUCUGCGGACGUACAGGAGCUGGUAAGAGCUCCUUGAUGGUGCUAUUGACGAGGCUCUUCGAGAUCAACAGUGGCAAGGUGCUCAUUGACGGAGUAGAUUGUUCAAAGUUAAGUUUGGCGAGACUCCGGAAAGCAAUAUCGAUCAUUCCUCAGGACCCUGUGCUGUUCUCACGUUCAGUGCGGGAGAAUCUAGACCCUUUUGGCGAAUACUCAGAAAAGAGAAUAGAAGAGGCACUGGAGAAAGUGGAGUUGUUGGAAUCAGUGAGGAACCUGCCCUCGGGUCUGGACACAACAGUGGCAGAAGGGGGAUCUAACUUCAGCGUGGGUCAGCGACAGUUGAUGUGUCUAGCGAGGGCUCUGUUGUGUUCUACAAAGAUACUUUUAGUGGAUGAAGCGACUGCUAAUGUGGACUAUGCAACCGAUGAGCUCAUCCAGAAAACUCUUCGAGACGUGUUUGCCGAUACGACUGUUCUGACCAUUGCACACAGGCUCAACACCAUUUUAGACAGCACCAGGGUCAUUGUUAUGGACACAGGUCGCAUUGUGGAGGAAGGACCUCCCGAAGAGUUAAGAAAAAACCGCAAUGGAUAUUUCUACGCUCUAAUUUCCCAUCAAGUUCAUCAAGAUCAGUCAAUCAGCUCGAGUGAUGACGAAUGUAGCCAGCUUUUAGAGACACAGCCAGACGAGAGCACAUUUGUUCAGGGGGUUGGAAUUGCCAAUAGAGAAGGAUUGGAUGCUUCAGAAGACCAGACUGCUGAUCGAGCUUCGAGCGAGGAACACGAUUCCUCUUUGUAAAUUUCACAUAGUCACUACUCACUGGCGUGUUAGUCAAAGAGAAAUCUUGAAGCCAAAUUAGCGGUGCUAGAUCUAGAAGUGCAAUUCAUUCCAUUGAAGAAAACUAAGAUGAAGAUGAUAAAGCAACAAAGAAUGGAAUUUUGUAAACUCUCUUCAAAACUGAAUGAACUUACCAAUGUUAGUAACUUAGAAACUUUACUUAGCUUAUGAUUGAGUUAUGAUUUUGAAUCAGUUGAACCUUGUCGAUUAUUAUUGAAGCUAUGUAUAUAAAACAAAAAACUAUCAAA